AUGGCGAUUGGCCUGGCAGCUUUGGGGCUCCUCGCUUUCCUGCUCGGCUGCUCGGGAACCUUUGCCGAACCCAAAAACUCGGAGUGCUCCCUGAGCGGCAGCUGGGUGAAUGACCUCGGCUCCAUCAUGGAGAUCUACUUCGUAAGGAACACGGGGGUUUUCAGCGGCGUGUACAAAACGGCAGUCUCGAGCUCUGGCCAGCCCAUCCAGCCAUCCCCGCUUGUGGGUGUCCAGCACCUGUGGGACCAGCCCGUCUUUGGCUUCACCGUCAACUGGAGCUUCGAUGGAACCACCUCCAUCUUUGCGGGCCAGUGUCUGGUGGACGAGAACGGAGAGGAGCAGCUGAAGACAAUCUGGCUGCUUCGUGUGAACGUUACAUCCGCAGCAGACGAUUGGAAGGCGACCCUCGUUGGUACGGACACCUUCUGGCGCCUCAAGUGA